AUGAUACAAAUUAGCAGAAGCAUAACUUUCAGAGCGCUCGGAGCUUAUAGAAAUGGGGUCAUUUCGUUACAAUCCAAUCCAAGUGUCAGGGCAUACUCUAUGAAGGACGACUUUAAACGAUUAAACAAAAGAAUAAAUAGAUUCGGAGAAGAAAAUACAAAGGAGUCAGAGAUCACUUUGAAGGUUCUUCGUAAGGUCGGAGGGGUGUCUGUGAUUGUUGUAUUUUGUCUGAUUCUCUGGGCUAGUUCUCGUGUUGAGAAUCCAAUAAGUGAACCUAUACCAUUAGAAGAUUUAAGCAAAGACAUAAGAGACACAUAG